AUGUGCUGUCGAUACUUUCUCUUCUUUAAUUUAUGUUCUCUGGAAACAGGGAAGAAUCGGAGGCUGAAGCAGGCAAAAGAAGAAGCCCAGGCAGAGAUUGAGCAGUACCGCCUGCAGAGGGAGAAGGAGUUCAAAGCCAAGGAAGCUGCGGCGCUUGGAUCUCACGGGAGCUGCACCACUGAAGUUGAGAAAGAGACCCACGAAAAGAUGAGUGUGAUCCAGCAGAACUUCCAGAAGAACCGCGAGGUGGUCCUCUCCCAGCUCUUGUCGCUGGUGUGUGACAUCAAACCUGAAAUCCAUGUGAACUACCGCAUCAAUGGGUAGAGGUGGGAGAAGGUAUUAAGCGUACUGGAAGUGCUGAUAGUGAUGUCUGAGCUUCUGGUGGAAUGUACAGCUCUUAGCCAUACCUUAACUGUUCUUUCCUGUCAAUGUGUUACAUUGUUUUGGUGAGUUGUAGGUCAUCAGUAUCUCGUUGGAGUUCUCUUAAGUUGCUCUC